AGGAGUGAGCCAGUCAGUGUCCAGAGCUGCGCCGUGUCGCACCUCCCGCGGCCGCCCCGCCACAUACACACAAACAUACACGCGCACACACACAUGUGCACACGUACCGUCGCGGCAGCCAGGCGAGGCAACGCAGCCUUUCGUCCUUCACCGUCGCGGCACAUUCGACCCUGCAGGAGCCUGGCAGGACGUUCCUGCUCCAAGGUACAGGAGCCUCACAAACAAUCCUACAUUCAAGUGGUGUCGUCUUGACUCAGCGAGUGGUCGCCCCGCCCCUGUUAGCAGCAGAAGCAGCCGGCGGCCAUGGAGGUGCUGGCUUCCUCUGGCAUGGUCCUGCGGGACAAAAACAGCUCCCCGAAGCUGAUCUUUGACAACGCGACGCACACAAAGCAGAACAGCUCGGGGCCGCCGAGCCACUUGGAAGUCAAGAAGGACCUGCGGGGCACCCGGAGUUUCAGCAUGAAGGGCAACGCUUCGCGAGUGGUUGAACGGCGCCUCAGCCUGAGUGGCGAUGUGCUGAAAAUGUUCAAGGGCAAGGGUCGGCCCGCGUCGACCAAAAUUUCCCCGGAGGUGGACCUCGAAGACCAUAUCAUCGAAAACAUCCGCAACAGAGGCUUCUGGGCCGCCAGGAGUGUGCGGCGCAUCUCCUCCUUGCGGGUGGCACGCAAUGCAGGCUCGACGGUGCCCCUCUCCAGCACCAGAACGGCCCCCGCCCUCCCCUCCAAGGGGCCCUUCCUCUUUCCCGAGGCCCCUGGCGCUGCUGCCUCAGACCAUGGCAGCGAUGCUGGGGAGGGCGAGGGUGACGGCGGGGAGGACCAGGCGGCCAUCGACUCUGCCAUGAUGAUGGAGGUGCAGCAGGAGGCGCGCCUCAGGGACAACAUUUCAUGGAUGAGACAGUACCUGACGCAGGUGUCUGAGGCUGACGGGGGAAGCUUCACGCAGGCGGCAUUCCACUCCGCCCUGAGCAACAAGGAGCUGCUGCGUCGCUUGUUCUCACUGUGGGACGUAGAGGGGGAAGGGGCUCUGCCCCAGCUAGAGUGGAUCGACUUCCUAAAGUGUUCCGCAGAGAAUAGUUCUGCCAAGGAGGUCGGGGCCCGCGAGUGGGUGGAGCUGCUGGAGGUGCUCGCCUACGUGGUGUGUGGUGAGGAAGGAGAGGUCACGGAGGAGGUCUUCACUACCAUCUUGACCUCCAGGGGGGUAUUGGAGAAGCUCUACCGCCUCAUAAACAAGGAUGCUGACGGGGUGGUAACGAAGCACGAGAUCAUGGACUUCAUUGCCAACCUCACCUAUGCCCGCCCACGCACCGGGUUCACGCGGGAAAACCUGGAAUGGCUGGAGCAGAUGUUCCGUCAAGCGCUGGGACACAAGCAGGAACUCUCCUUCGAUGACUUUAAGAAGAUCGUUCACUCCAGAAACGUAUUCGUUCUUCCUUCGUUCGCCGAGAGGGUCUUCCAGAUCUUCGACAGGGACAACAGCGGCACCGUCUCCCUCUCAGAGUUCCUGGACGCCAUGCACCAGUUCGCGGGGAAGUCACCCAACGACAAGAUCAAGUUCCUCUUCCGCGUGUACGACCUCGAUGGCGACGGGCUCAUCCAGCAGAGUGAGCUACAGAAGGUUAUGAAAGCUUGCAUGGAGGAGAACGGGAUGCGAUUCAGCGACGAACAGAUCCAGGACUUGACGCUGGCAAUGUUCGAGGACGCGGACACGCAGAACACCGGCGCCAUCACCUACGAGAGUCUGAAGGCACAGCUAGAGAAACACGACGGCCUGAUUGAGAACCUCUCCAUCAGCAUUGACCGAUGGCUGGUCCCGCCGAACUUGGGGAAGGAGAAAGGUCCGGUCGUGAAGAAGAUGAGACUGACGCCUUACCAGAUGAGCUUACCUUACCUGAAGAACAAUUACGUCUACCUGUCCUUCCUGCUCGCCUACAUCGCCAUCAACCUCGGCCUCUUCAUCUCCCGCGCCAUCGAGUACAAGGAUCAUAAUGGACUCACUAUUUUGGCGAGGGCAUGUGGACAAUGCCUCAACUUCAACUGCAUGUUCGUGUGUGUGUUGGUCCUGCGUCAGUCCAUCACGUACUUGAGGUCGAUGGGAGGGGCUUCCUUCCUGCCCUUAGACCAGCAUCUCUACCUACACAAGCUCUGCGGCAUCCUCAUCUUCGUGUACUCUGUCCUGCACACCAUCGCCCACUUGAUAAACUUCGGUGUGUUCAUACAGCCGCUGACGGGCCCAGAAGAACCCAACAAGAACAACUGUACGUACGCCGAGCUCAUCUUCACCUUGUGCCCUGAGCUCUUUGGUCUUUACGAAGGUAUCGCCAACCCGACGGGCGUGGCGCUGAUGAUCAUACUAACGGUGAUGGUGGUCUGCUCCCUCCCCUUCGUCAGGAAAUCUGGCUACUUUGAGGUGUUUUACUGGACCCACCUUCUCUACAUUGCCUUCUGGACUCUUUGCAUCCUCCACGGACCCAAUUUCUGGAAGUGGUUCGUGGCUCCCGGCAUCAUCUUCCUCAUCGAGAGAGUACACCGCUCCAUAAGGAUGAGGACCGGCCGCGGCAAGACUUACAUAAGCUCCGGCGUACUUCUUCCGUCCAAGGUCAUCCAUCUGGUCAUCAAGCGGCCGCCAACUUUCCAGUACCACCCUGGUGACUACGUGUUCAUCAACAUCCCGCAGAUCGCUAAUUACGAGUGGCAUCCGUUCACCAUCUCCUCAGCCCCCGAGCAGGACGACGUUCUUUGGCUACACAUACGCGCGGUGGGGCAGUGGACUCGCCGCCUCUACGACUACUUCGAGUCUGAACAGAAGAAGUGCGACAUGCAGCACGAGCAGGGCGGGAAGGCUCUCCACGCAGCGCUCACCCUCCAGGACGGCUCCAUGGCCUUCAACACGUUAUUUGCUGAUGGACGUACUGGAGCAUACCUCACCGCCCCCUCCACCACCAUCCAGGCCCCUGGCUCUGGUGUGUGUUCUGGGAAGAAUGGUGUCACUAACUUGGCCUACGAUCACGACACCAAGCAAGGAAGGGUGGCAGGCGGCGAGGGAGGGGUGACGGAGGGCCAGGAAGAUGCCCCUGUCGCCGCCACCCGCAGGAAGAGGCGCAUAAACAAGGAAAACUCGGAGGCUGAAGUAACCAAGAGCAACGGGGGUGCUGACGGGGAACUUGAAGCCUCCCUGCCAUCUCCCGAAGGUGGUGAAGAGGCCGGGCAGAGGCUGACUGAGGAGGACAGCAGCAACGCCCUCUACCUGCGGCCCAGACUUACCCAGGCUACCAGCUUCAAAUACAUGCGUCGCAAACCAAGAGUCAUCACGCUGGACCUUCCCUCUGAAACUGAGUCCAUAGAUGAGGACACCGAGGACAGUGAAGAGAUGGAGAGGGAUAGUGAGGGACAGUAUGAGAAGCACAGCAAGGACCUGCAGCUCACCAAGCAGGACCCGAUGACAAUGAAGACUAGAGACUUGGCUGUGGCAGAGGAGGGACGUGCUCGCCGCAAGUCACAGGUGGAGAGGAAGAAGUCCCGCCAGGAAGACAGGAAAAUGAGGAAGCUGAGCAGACUGGAGGAGGCCUUGGUGGAGGGUGGGUGUGCAGUGAUGGGCAAGCCUCUGGUGGUGUACAUGGAUGGACCUUUUGGAGCCCCGUCGAGCCACAUUUUCCGGGCCCAACACGCCGUUCUCAUCGCCACAGGCAUUGGUGUCACCCCUUUUGCCUCCAUCUUGCAGUCCAUCAUGCACAAAUACUGGAAGGCGCGCCACACCUGCCCACGCUGCACCCACACCUGGACCAGUGACCUUCCGCAGUCUGUGAUGAACCUGCGCAAGGUUGACUUUUUCUGGAUCAACCGAGACCAGCGAUCGUUUGAGUGGUUCGUGAAUCUGUUGUCGCAAUUGGAGAUUGAGCAGGCAGAGCAAGGCGGGGUAUUGGAGCGCUUCUUAGAUAUGCACAUGUACAUCACCUCGGCCCUGCAGAAGACUGAUAUGAAGGCCGUAGGUCUACAACUUGCCCUGGACCUCCUACAUGAAAAGGAGAAGCGGGACCUCAUCACGGGCCUCAAGACCAGAACCAACGCAGGAAGACCUAACUGGGACAAAGUGUUCAAACAGCUCACCAACCAACAGAAGGGCAAGAUCACCGUGUUUUACUGCGGUCCUCCAGCUCUUGGACGCACGCUACGCUACAAGUGUGACGAGUAUGGCCUUGAAUUCAGAAAGGAGAUAUUCUAGUGUGUGUGUGUGUGUGUGUGUGUGUGUGUGUGUGUUUGUUGUAUUUUCUAUUGCACAAAUCACCAUUUCAACAAAGGAGGAAGAAGAAGAGGAAAGACACAACGAACAAAUGAAUGAAUAAAGGAAGAAAGACAAGGAUGAGGAAGAAAGUAUAGAGAAGCAUAAAGCAAGUGGACUUAAAGAAUCCAAAUCAACAAGAUAAUCCAUAAUCCUCAUUGAGAGA